AUGCGGCAGAGGAGAUGGGUAAAGUUGUUUAGUGAUUAUGAUUGUGAGAUACGAUAUCACCCAGGAAAGGCUAACGUCGUAGCCGACGCUCGUAGUAGUAAAGAAAGAGUGAAACCUUCCCGUGUGAGAGCUUUGGGAAUGGUAAUUCAGACAAGCUUGAAAUCUCAAAUCAUUGAUGCCCAGGAGAAAGCGCUAUUCAAGGAAAAUCUUCCAGGCGAAACCUUACAUGAUUUGAAAGUGAGAUUUGAAACCAAACCUGAUGGAUUUCAUUAUUUUAAGGACAGGGUCUGGAUUCCAAGGGUUAACGAUCUGAGAGACAUGGUACUAGAGGAGUCUCAUCGAUCUAAAUACUCAAUCCACCCUGGAGCGGAUAAGAUGUACAAGGAUCUUAAAGAGUACUAUUGGUGGCCUGGAAUGAAAAGGGAUAUUGCCUUAUAUGUUGGGAAGUGUUUAACUUGCUCAAUAGUCAAAGCUGAACAUCAAAAACCAUCCAGCUUAUUGCAACAACCUGAAAUUCCCCAAUGGAAAUGGGAGCAGAUAUCAAUGGAUUUCGUUACCAAACUUCCUAGAACAGCUAAAGGUCACGACUCAAUUUGGGUCAUAGUGGAUCGACUGACGAAAUCUGCUCAUUUCUCCCCAUUUGGGAAGACUUCAAGAAGGAAAAAUUGGCCGAAAUCUACAUCAACAAAAUUGUUUCUCUGCAUGAAGGCACUAGGAACCAAGAUAGAUUUGAGCACAGCUUACCACCCUCAGAUAGAUGGUUAUCACACGAGUAUCCAAUGUGAUCUAUAUGAAGCAUUGUAUAGACGCAAGUGUCGUUCUCUAUUGUGUUGGACAGAAAUCGGAGACAAACAAUUGACUAGACUCGACCUUAUCAAGGAAACAACUGACAAGAUUGCUAUCAUCAAAGAUAGGCUUAAAGCCGCCAGAGAUCGUCAGAAAAGUUAUGCGGAUAAUCGUCGAAAACCAUUAGAAUUCCAAGUUAGAGACAAGAGAAGAUUCCACAAGAUGAAAAAGGAUAAGCUGCUAUGUAACGUGAAAGCCAUGAGAAUGAUCAGAUUCGCAUUGCAAUAUGAAACUUUUUGUUUAGUCGGUUCAUGCACGACGGCUAAAGAAUUACGAGAUAGGUUAAAAGAAAUGUACUCAACCGAUGAGGAUCUAGUACACUUGAUCCAAACCUUGUUGCUCUCAGAAUUUGGAGCUUUCGAACAGAAACCUGAAGAGAAACUGAUACAGACCUUCGAUCACUUCAAUCAUCUCCUCGGCAAGAUGAUCAAGCAUGGCAUUGGAAGAAAAUUGAUUGAGAAAAAGGUGACCUUCAUGAAUGGUUUAAGACUACAAUAG